AUGAGUACGCUGGGCAAGCGAAAGAGGUCCCCCUCGACGAACAUUGAACGCACACCGCAGCCGAAACACCCAUAUCUCUCUGGCAACUUUGCACCCAUACAGCACACCUUACCUCUCACGCCCUGCACAUACACUGGUCGAAUACCGGAAGAGCUCGCAGACGGCGAGUACGUUCGUAAUGGCAGCAAUCCAGUCUCGAAUUCCGAUCUCGGUCGAGAUGCACACUGGUUCGAUGGCGAUGGCAUGCUAUCAGGCGUGUCGUUCAGCAAGAAAGAGGACACUGGCGAGAUCCAGCCCGAGUUCGUGAACCAAUUCAUCCUCACCGAUCUAUAUUUGAGCGCGAAGAGCAAUGGCAGGCUGCGAGUGCCAAUUCUGCCGAGCAUAGCUACGCUGGUUAAUCCACUGGCGAGCUUGAUGUUUGUGACGGUUCGAAUAUUACGAACGAUUCUGUUGGUCAUCCUUAGCCAUCUGCCCGGAAGCAGGCAGAAGAUCAAGAAGAUCAGUGUUGCAAACACAAGUGUCGUCUAUCACGACGGAAGAGCGAUGGCGUUCUGUGAGAGCGGUCCACCGAUGCGAAUACAGCUUCCCGGGCUGGAGACCGUCGGCUGGUUCAAUGGAGCCGUAGCAGAAGGAGAACCGGCAAACGAGUCGAAAGAGAAGGAAGCUGUGUUGGGGGAGAACAGUGGUUUGAUCAGCUUCAUGCGGGAAUGGACAACAGCACAUCCCAAAGUUGACCCGCAGACGAAGGAGAUGUUGAUGUUCCAUUCCAGCUUCGCGCCGCCCUACGUGCAGUACAGCAUAAUUCCGCAGACUGUACGAGCGGCGGCGGAAGUAUCACCACCGACCAGGAAGAUGCUGAACGCUGGCGUUCCAGGCAUCAAGAGUGCGAAGAUGAUGCACGACUUUGGCGUAUCUUCAGCACACACCAUAAUCAUGGACCUCCCGCUCUCGCUCGACCCUCUUAACCAACUCAAAGGCUUACCGCCCGUCGUUUACAAUCCCGAUCGACCAUCACGCUUUGGUGUGUUUCCGCGUCGGCACCCAAAGCAGACGAAAUGGUUUGAGACGAGCGCCUGCUGCAUCUUUCACACAGCCAACACAUGGGACGAAGUGGGACUGGAUGGCAGCACCACCUCGGUUAGCAUGUUGGCAUGUCGUCUCACCUCUGCGACUUUGAUCUAUGCAGCUGGCAAUAUGGCGCCGCCACCGCUGCUCAGGGUGCCGUCCCUGGAAGAGCACCUACUCAAAGACCCAUUCGCCGAAGAGCAAUGCCGGCUCUACUACUAUAACUUCGACCUUGAUUCAGGUUCAAUCUCCCACCAAUGGGCCCUCAGUGCCGUGCCAUUCGAGUUCCCAUCUGUGCGGCCGGACCUCGAAAUGUCGCAGGCGCGGUUCGUGUACGGAUGCUCGACAACGACGACCGACUUUGGCAGCGCUCUCGGGAAAGCGACGAAGAUCGACGCUCUUGUCAAGAUUGAUGCCACCAAGCUCAUCGAGCGUGGACGAGCACAUCCACCCAAGAGUGUUACAGGUGUGGUUGACGGGCGCACGGUGUCUCAGGUGCUAAUUUCUAGAGAUCCUCGCGAUCCAAUCAAAGUCUUCCGGAUGCCAGAGGGCUGGUUCGCACAAGAGCCAAGAUUUGUUCCUCGUGAGCGAAGUGCACACGAACGCCAGCUGAAUGACGAGCCACUCGACGAGGAUGAUGGAUAUCUGCUCUUCUACGCUUUCGACGAGACGCAAUUACUAGCGAACGGAGAGGUUCCUGAUGAUAGUGCGAAGGACCAGCGGGCCAAGUCGGAACUUUGGAUCGUCAAUGCGAAAAACAUGCGAGAUGUGAUCGCGAGGGUUCAUCUUCCGCAGCGAGUACCUUACGGUCUGCAUGGCAGUUGGUUCUCUGCGGAACAGAUCUCCGAACAGAGACCUGUGGACACGAUUCGAAGCAUGGAAGAAGUCAUGAAAGAGAAGAACGAUAACGGACUGUGGAUGAAGGUUCGGGAGAGGAUUGAGACGUUGCUUGGAUGA